AUGAACAUCUACCGGAAUAUGGCUUGCACUCCUGCGAAUAAUAAUGUAGUCUGUCUGGAGUUAGACGAAAGUAAAGAUCCUUAUCUCCUUUACCUUCCUGUUGUAUUUUACCGUCAAUUACACAACUUCUCCUCAUUGUCAUCGCAUCAACUGCAGAACUCAAGCCAAGAACAUGAUAUGAAUCAUCUCUAUUCAGGGAGUAUUGUUUUCACACAUGCAAACAUUUUUCUUACUCUCACUUUUCUCCCAGACGAUAUUCAUAGUCAUUCCUCUUGUGAUGGUAAGUUUAGAGAUACGGAUAAAACGACAAUAGAGGUAAUUGUUUUUAGUGAUAUCAUUGAAGCAGUAACGGGGUUUAGACGAUAUCUAACGGAUAAGGCAGAUAAUAAUGAAUGUUGUUGCUAUAUGCUUGAACUUAUGGGAGGAGUUUACUCCAUUUUCUUUAACCGUGAUGAAACACAAUUAGUACGGCCUUAUUCUUCCCAUAAUACGUUGAAUGAAAAACAGAAUGAUGGGAAUGUUACGGUGGAAAAUAUCGUUCCUGAAUGGGUACAUCGUGUAGAGGAACUUAUUGGAGAAGAAUGUAUUGAAUUAACUACCCGGCAUCCAAGUAACUCUAACUGUAGUGAUGAUCAUCAUUAUGAUGAUGAACACCCAUUGGGGGUUGAGCAUACCACUAUUUCUUGGGAAACUCUUCGGGAAAAUGUGAGGACACAACUCUCUUCUACAUUAAGUACAAAUGCAGCUGACUUAGUGGAAUUGGAGGCACAACGACAAUGUCAUCUCAAUAAUGCGCUUGCUGCAUAUAUAUCGUUAAUACAUGAAGAACAUGCUGAGAUGGAAACAAUUCUUCUGCAGUGGAUCUCUACAUCUAUUCAAAUCAAAACAGCAACAGGAGUACCAAAACUUCCGAAGGUGAAUCUUGCGUCAACAUCAUUAAGUCUGCGCAGACAUAUGGAUGAAUUGGAUGAUUCAUACUCUUUUGAUGGACGUAGUGCGAAUAUCACAGAUGAAGUAAUGAUGUUGCUAGCAGAAGAAGAAAUGGUGGCUCGGAUGAAGUUAGAAAAGUAUACGGCUACUACACAAAAGGUAAAAGGUGUGUGA